AUGACAAUUACUUUACUACCGAAAGAAGUAAUUGAGAGAAUAUCAGCAGGAGAAGUAAUUACAUCACCAACAGCAUUAAUUAAAGAAGUAUUAGAGAACAGUCUAGAUAGUAAUACAACCACUAUACGCAUAACCAUAUCAGACACAUUAUUAGACAGGAUAGUCAUAGAAGAUACUGGCUGUGGUAUAAAUAAGGCCGAUUUAGACUUAUUAUGUACAAAGCAUGCCACAAGCAAGCUAUCCCAGUAUAAUGACUUAUACAGCAUAAAUACACUCGGGUUCAGGGGAGAGGCCCUGGCCUCUAUUUCCAUGCUAUCGCAUAUAACCGUAAGUACAUCAACAGAUAGUAUAAUAGGCCAUGAAGUAAAAUAUGAAAAACAAAAAUUAAUAAAACAAAAAGAAAUUACCUGUAAAAAAGGCACAAAAAUAGAAAUAACGGAUUUAUUUUAUAACUGUAAUAAAAAAUACAAAAAAUUCAUUAAUAACAAGACAGAGAUAAUUAAAAUAUUUCAGAUAAUCAGCAAGUAUUCCAUAAUUUAUACAGGCGUAUUAUUUGAGGUAGUGAAAGGGUCAGAACUUAAGAGGUAUAAUGUAAGAAGUAAUAAGAACCACACUUUAUCAGAAAUAUUUACACCCGGGUUAGUUAAUGAAUUAGUCAAUAUAAAAUUUAGUACACAAUUAUCAUUAAGUAAUGUACAUUAUAAUAUGUACGUGUCCCAUUCAAAUUUAUCAUUAUUAUCACCCGUUUUUAUUUUAUUUAUAAAUAAACGGUUAGUAGAAAUAAAAAAAUAAAAAACGGUUAUAUUUACUAUAUAAGGAAAUAUUAGUAAAAGGGCAUCCAUUCAUUCUGUUAGAGAUAAGUAUACCACAGGAUAUGGUUGAUGUAAAUGUACAUCCAUCAAAAGUAGAAGUAUAUUUAAGGCAUGAGGAGGAGAUUAUUAACCAGAUAGAAUUUGAGGUAAGGAGAGUAUUACAGACACAGAGAAUGACCGGUAUAACAAAAGUAUCACAAAAUCAAAAUAUAUUACCAGAAAAGGAAAUAAAAAUUAUUAAAAGUACAAAUAAGGAAAUAAAAAAACCAUCAGAAAUAAAAAAAAUAAACGGACACAGCCCGAAUCAACCCUACAAUAAAACCAGACGUGUAUACGGCAGUAUCCGGGAGUAGCACACCAGUAACAAAACGGGUCAGGACAGACAGCAGAAUAAACCCACUAACUAUAUUCCUUACACCAGAAAUAACCCGAACUAACCCGAAAAUAAAACCAGAGAUAAAACAAAAUCUACCAAUAAAAAAUAUUGCUAAUGAAAUUAAAAAUAACAGCAUUACCAAAUACAGUAAUAUUACCAAAUACAGUAAUUUAAUAAAAAAAUCACCUGAUGAAACUCAGCACACAAAUUCACCCCAAACAGAACCCGAUUCCCACAAUGAAUCCAUUCUUAACGAAUCCCUCCUUAUAGGACUCAUUUCCAACCACUGGGCAGUCAUCCAGCAUAAUACAGACCUUUAUUUAUUACACAUUGCACAUUUAAAUUUAAACAGUCCAGAACUUACCACCAAUAGUAGUA